GUAGGAUCAGCCCUAGUGGCUAGCUCAGUGGUCGAUGAAAUCUCUGCACGAAUACAAAAAGCUCGGCCGGCUUUUGCCAACAUACACCACCUGUGGCGCCGCCGUGAUAUACGAUAGCCUACUAAGGGUCGCAUGCACUACACAGCAGUUCGAUCUGUUCUACUAUAUGGCUGUGAAACAUGGCCAUUGAAAGUGGAAGAUAUAAGAAGGCUUCAAGUGUUUGACCACCAUUGCCUUCGUAGCAUAGGCCGUAUUCCGUGGUGUCACCACAUGAGUUAUGCAGAAGUCAGGUAUAGAGUUCUAGGGAGUAGGGGUAAAUCAGUUGACGAGGUUAUGAACCUUCAUCGAUUCACAUGGUUGGGACACGUACUACGUAUGCCUAGUCACCGAUUGCCCCGUCACACAAUGUUGGCUGAGGUGGGUCCAGGCUGGAAAAAGGCUCGAGGUGGCAAGACUAAAACAUGGCAUCAAUGUAUGAAGUCUCUGAAUGUUGGUUUGAGACAUGUGGGUCGAUGCAGACUAGGUGGUUGGGGUCCGCAGGAGAAGAGGAACCAGUGGUUGGAGACUCUAGGUGAUUUGGCUCAAAACCGAUGUCAGUGGCGAAGAUGUAUACACACAGUAUCGUUAUCUUAACGACGCAUAUCAAAUCUCACCAUUUUCUCAUUAUUCCUUUCUUUCUUCUCACACUUUAUAUUUCUUUUGACUGCAUUCUCUUAUCUUCAUCCUUCACCUCACUACCUUUUUACUUGAUCUACGGUACUGAGCUGUGGUAACUCGGACCGUUACACAGUAGUGCCUGGUCCU